GACUCUCGACUCGGAACCCGCAAACCAACCUUUAUGCUUUUAUCGAGAGGCACCUCAUUUUUGUCUGUCGGCCAGAGAGAACGCAUUUUCUGACAUGAUACCCUUCUUCUUCUUGUCGUCUCUUUUUAGCUCUUGGCGUUAAGACACGGCCCUGGCGCCGCGAUAUUACCGCCCGAGAUCACGCGGAUACAUAUGGACUUUGCGCUCAGGUGGAACGAUGGACACUUUGGACCUAGGAAAUUCUGGGUAAACUGCCUCCCUCGGCUCAAGUUCUGGAACCCGGCGGUGCCGAUGAUAGUCAACCGCUCGGCCAAGCAGGACGGCCCGGCCACAAUGUCCAUAUACUUUCGGCAGCCCACGGCAACCGCGGAGGAGAAUAACAGCAGCAGCAGCAGCACAGCGACGUCAAGUUCCGGCACGACGGCGACGCCGAAAAAGACCAUCCUGACUGGCCUUUCGACCCUCCCGCUCGCCCAGCAGCCUCGCUCCAGCGUGACGGGCGAGUUCCCAGCCCCGGCGCCGUCCGAGGGCGAGCACGUCGUCACCAUCGACAUGAAGAACGUGCACUCGGACCGCAUCCUGGAGGAGUUCCUGGCCAAGACGGGGGCUCGGCUCGUGCGCCCGACCGCCGACGAGGAGGUCGAGAUGCGGCAGGUUCAGGAGCGGGUGGAGCGCGGCAACGCGGACCGCAUCAUCGUCAAGGCGUUCGAGGACGAGAAGCGCAAGAAGCAGGCCAUGCUGGAGAAGAUCAAGAAGGAGGCCGACGCUAUCAAGGCUUCGAACCAGUAGAAGGGUGGCCGGUGGCGAGGUUGCAAAAAAUGACGAAAGCAGCAAAAAGGCACAAGAAAGACCUUAGGGGAGGAUGAGGGUUGAAAGAGGAACUCGGAACGCUAGGACGUCGAGAAUUGGCUGCUGCGUUGAGGACUAUCCCAGUCUGGGUCCG